AUGGCCUCACUUCUUCGUACAGCUCCACGAGCAUUCCGCUCCGCUAGGAUUGCUCCACGAACACUACCCCUCCUGCAAUGCCGCAAGAAGCACGACCUCCACGAUCCGCCACAGGGCAAUCCUCCCAUCGCAGGCCGAGGACCGCCGGAUCCACCAAGAGAAGAAGCCUCUGCUCUGAAGGAUAAUUCCAAGUCAGGAUCAUUCCUUGGAACCACGAGACGAUUGCCCGAAUUCAACUUGAACGACAAGGUAGUCCUCGUGACCGGCGCAGCGAGAGGUCUGGGUCUUGUACAGGUAGAGGCUCUUCUCGAGGCCGGCGCGACGGUGUAUGCUCUUGACAGGUUGUCCGAGCCCAGUCCGGAUUUCUAUAGAGUGCAGCAGCGCGCUGCAGAAGAGCUCGGUGGGUUGUCGUGCGCAUAAUGGUUUUGGUCCAGAGCCUGACGAGGUACUGCAGGUACGACGCUACACUACCGCCAAAUCGACGUAAGAGACGUGCCAGCAUUGAACGAGAUUGUUCGAAGCAUUUCGGACGCACAAGGCAAGCUUGACGGCUUGAUUGCUGCAGCAGGAAUCCAACAGGAAACACCAGCCCUGGUAGGCUUCGCCAAAGCAUUAGCGCAUUGUUCUUUGAACACGGUCUUCUGUAUGUUCCACUUCGUGCGAGUAUAGGCUGACUUUGCUUUUCUAAUGGUAGGAGUACACGCAGAAGGAUGCCAACACGAUGUUCGAGGUUAACAUUACAGGCGUCUUCAUGACCGCGCAGGCUGUUGCGAAGGAGAUGAUCAGACAUGGUCGAGGCGGAAGCAUCGCGAUGAUUGCUUCCAUGAGUGGCUCGGUGGCCAACAGGGUAAGGCAGAAGAUGAAAGUCCUGUUGCCGUUCAUCUCCGAAGCUGAUAUUGUUCAGGGUCUGAUCUGUCCGGCAUACAAUGCGUCCAAAGCUGGCGUUAUCCAGCUUGCGCGCAACCUGGCGUCCGAGUGGGGUACUCAUGGAAUCCGUGUGAAUACCAUCUCUCCCGGAUACAUUGUAACCGCAAUGGUGGAGGCGCUGUUCGAACAAUACCCUGAGAGGAGGAGGGACUGGCCCAUUCAGAACAUGCUCGGCAAAUUGAGUUAUCCGCAUGAAUACAGAGGUGCCGCGGUAUUCCUGAUCAGUGAUGCCAGCUCCUUCAUGACCGGUAGUGACCUACGAAUCGACGGAGGGCAUUCCGCUUGGUAG